AUGCAACCAACACGUUGGAGUCGGCAGAUUCGUUUCUUGGGACCCCUUCGGGGUUUUCCACUUUUUGGAGUAUCGCCAACUCUAUCCUCAGCAGUGUCACUACCAUCAUCAUCAUCCUCUAUGACAUUAAGGAAUUCUGUUGGUGCUGGUGCCCUUCAUCACUGUGUACGGUUUGCAUCUACUAAACUAGCGCGUCUUUACAUAAUGGAACUUAACAGAGUACGCACGGAUUACCGCCGCUCACCCACAAAAACACAGCAAGAGGAAUGUCUUCGCGCCAUAACUGACACCCCACUCCACCGUAUUCAAGGAAUGGAUGGAAAAACAGUAGCUCACUGUCUCUCUACCCUCGUUUUACUGGAUGCCCCACGAGAUCUCGCUUUAUUGCAUGAGUGCGCCGUAUGGCUCUCUGUUCACCCGGACGCAUUUUCCCCGCAUUCUUUAGCUCAAGCGCUUUACUCUCUUGUUUGUCUUGAGUAUGCCGAUACUGCUUCUAUUGUACAUGCUGUUCAGGAUCGUGUGAUGUCUGCUAUUGCUGAUAUGGCACCUAGCAGUCUCUGCAUGUUACUGGUUGCGGUAUUAACAGCUUGUGCAGCUUCUUCAGAUGGUGCUGUACAAGGGGCUUUAGAUUUGUCUAAAAAACUUUCUGAACGUGUAUUACCUACACUUAAUGCAGGUUUAGGGCUCACAGAAAAAGUAAUGGUAGCUGUAGCUUUAGGGAAAUUGUUUGAACAUGCCACAACAGAUGGUCUUGUAACAGAUCAAGUAUUAACACAUCUCUCCUCCAGUGUUUGGGCAGGUAUACCAGGCGCUGAACUUUCCGUUGUAUCGCUACCAGAUCUUUUAGGACUUGUUUCUUCUGUUCAUACAGCACCUAUUUCAGUUCGUGAUAUGUGUGAAAGUGCACUUUUUGAAGAACUUAAGACACGUGUGGUAGCACAACCACUUGUAUCCGCAAGAAGUGCUGUUCAGGUUGCCCGUGUACUAAAGUAUGUUAUUCGCAGUAGUUGUCCUGCUAAAAAUGAUGUACUAGAGAAAAUAGUAAAUGCACUUGAAGGUUACAUUAGUGCAGAUGCUAUUACACUUGAUACUGCGGCAAAACUACUUGCAGAAUUUUCUGCUAUAGAAGAAGGAUCAUCUAUCGUUACACCAUCACCAUUGAUACGUUAUUUGGUUCAGGCUAUUAAUGAAGGACGUGAAAAGUGGAAUUCUGAAUCUGUUCGUACAGUACUUCGGGUAUUUAGUAAAGAUGAAAAACUUCGUGCUGAUGCACAAGCUUUAGCUACACUUCGAGUAGAAUUUAUUCAAGCAAAAUGUGCUGCAGGUGCUCCAGUAGAUGCAAAUGAUAUUGCAGCACUUCUCGUAGAAGGUAUUGUUGAUCCCCACGCAGAUGUUUUAGCUGAAGCUGUAUCUAAAAAUAUUAGUCGUUGGAGUGUCUCAAGUGUAUUGGUUUUUCUAAGAGCAGCAGCAGAAGUAAAUGGGAAACCAACACGAGCUAUUAUGCGUGAUGUAGCAUCUAAGCUUGUCCCAUAUAUUGAAAAGGCAACAUCUUCACAAGUUUCUGCGGUUAUCUCAUCAUACGGGAAAGCUCGUGUACGUAAUGAUGCUUUUUGUCUCGCUGUUACUAAUAGAGCCACAUUAAUUGCAUCUGAAUUAACAUUACAUCAAAUAAGUACUAUUUUAGGAGGACUCGCAGCUGUAGAGUAUCGUGAUACCAAAUUAUUUCUUGAUUUAGCACCAUAUGUUAUUGCUCAAGCCCCUACUGCUGAUGCUGCACAAACAGCUAGUUUGUUAGCAUCUUAUUCAAAGAUGCUUAUUUGGAAUUUUAAGGUUAUUUGGUCUCUGGCUGAACGUGCAGUAGUUAUUUGUGAAAAUUUUACUUUACCACAAAUAAUUGCUGUUGUAGUAUCCUUGAAUCGUAUGGAUGUACAACAUGAAAUUUUAAUGAGAGAUCUUCUAAAGAAAGUAAUGCGUUAUGUCUCUGAACAUCCAAACAUUUCACUUGUAGAAACGGUUAUGAUUUUAAGUGCUUUUUCACGUAGUGGGAUAUGGGAUGCCGCUUUUUUUGAAGAACUUGGAAAACGUGUGGUAAAAGAUCAGGAGCUAUUAACACCUGAUGAACUUGCAGAUACAUUAAUGGCAUUUGCGCGAGUUGGAUUAAAUAAUUAUAAUAUCUUUGAAAAACUAACUUUACGUACUCUUGCUAUGGCCCCAACUAGUCCUCUUAUGGCUUUGGCACAUAUGACGGUAGCAUACGCUAGUGUAGGUUGUCGUCAUGAAGAACUUUUUUCAAUUGUUGCUGAUCGAUUUGUAAAUCAAAAAAAUGAUGUUCCAGCAGUAACCAUUGCAUCUGUUAUUAGUGCUUUCGCUUCUGUUGAUAUUAGGAAUGAUCGACUAUUUAUUGAGGCUAUACCACGUGUACGUCAUGUAGGACAGUAUGGUACACCAAAGGAUAUUACAAAUGUUGUUUAUGCCUAUUCAAAAGUUGGAUUAUGGCACUAUAAGUUAUUUGUACGAUUAGCAGAUCGUGCUAUUCAAUUACGUGGAGAAUUUCGUUGUGAUCACCUUACACGAUUACUUGAAGCAUAUGCACGUGUUGAUAUGCGAUAUGAGAAACUAUUUGUAGAGUUCUCUCCCCGUGUACAAACCCUCGCCCAUCUCCUCACUGCAGGUGAACUGACUAAGAUUGUGAAUGCCUAUGCGAGAGUGCGUAUACUCGACACGGCGGUAUUUAAAGCAUGCGGUGAUCGUGCAUUGGAUGUGAUCAACACAUUCGAAGAAGAAGAAGUACGAGAGUUUUUAACUGCCUUUAGAAAGACAAAGAUGAGUCAUGACGGUGUAGCGGCAGCUUUGGCGAAAAAGUUCCCAGAGGUGGUGGCAUCAUUACCGCAGUUGGAGGAAGAACAAGAACAAGAACAAGAAGAAGGAAGAGAAGUGACUACUGGUACACAGGUAAGAGAAGAAGAAGAAGAAAAAUCCGAGAAGAGUGCUAGUUCAGAAGUGGCAGGGGUAUAA